GGACAUGGCCCAGAGGGUGGAACCGACCCAUGCAACAGUUCAACUGUGGACUUUCCAAACCACGGCCACUUACCAGCCCGCUGCUCCCACUGUCUAAUGGAAACUCUGUUGCAGAGGUCAGGAAGCUAUUUAAGGAAUGUACUCUCAAGUGGUAUCUGGAUUGGCGUUGGCAAAGUGCAGAAGAGAGACACAGAAGAAAACAACUGUCUGACUCUGAAUUUGCGAUUGGUAAUGUUAGGUGCUGAGACUGUAAGUUAAUCUUCACCCAUGUGAUCCAAAUGGCCUUUGCCCUAUUAGGAGUAAAUUUAAGUAUCGGUUCAUAUGGCAGUAGAUGGGAGUCCGGUUUAACAAGCAAAUUAAGUGUCAGUUUCAAGUUUAAUGGUUCCAGAUCCUCCCAUUGUCACAAAAAGUGCUAACUGGCAACUUCUCAAAUGGCUCUAAUGCCACAUAAAAGUGGGUUGCAGUGGGUGAUUCCUUCAGGAUUCAUAUUCUAAACACUGAAGUGCCUCUCUGUCUCUUUCCAGUAUCUUAACUUGAAGUGAUGUGGACUGCUGAGCACUCCGGGGACGCCGACCUUCACUCCCAACUCAGGGUGUCCAGGACUGAGAUCGCCAUGGCGAUAGACGACCCCUUCCCCUUGCUCUAUGGGCUGGCUGACAAUGACAUCAUCACUGAGCAUAUGUUCAAGGAGACUCUGGAGAGGACGAGACAGGAGGGGAUACACAAGGCAAGCUACUCCCUGCUCACCUGGCUCCUGGACAGAGAGCCUCGUGUCAUCCAAGCCUUCUGGAAUAAUCUUUCCAAGGAGUACAACCGGGAAAGGUACCCCAAACUGCAGGCAGUCUUUGCCAGCCUCCAGCGAGACAGGGGCCUAGGUGGACAGAAGAGGGCUAAGAAGCCGUUUGGUGGCAACAGGAUGGUCCUUCAGCCGCGAGCUCAACAGGGCAGGAAAAGAAGCCCUAGGGAGGAUGAGCAGCCCCACCCCAAGAGAGCCAACAGUCCAGGGAACAAAUUGAAGACAAUGAGGAAGACAGAAAGUGCUGAAGUAUCCCGGUUGCCAGCAGGAAGUGGUAUCCAGGCAGUGGCUACCUCAGUCCAGAGGGCGGUGACGGUUUCAUCUGGUGAGCUGCCGGUCAGCUGUGGGUCAGUGGAGGAGAUCCUCAUUAAACAGGUCUUUGAGUCUGGGAGCUCUAAAAAGUGUAUUAAAAUGGGCGGUGAAUUCUACUCCCCUGGAAAGCUGGAUGAGUUAGGAAGAAACAAGGUCAAGACUGCUAAGACCCAAGUUCGCCACAAGGCGGCGACAUCAGCAAGCACCAGAAUAACUGAGGUCCCCCGGAACGACGACGAGUGCUCGGUGUGCAAGGACGGGGGCGAGCUCAUCUGCUGCGACGGCUGUCCCAGGGCCUUCCAUCUCUCCUGUCUGGUGCCCCCUCUCACCUCCAUCCCCAGCGGCACGUGGCGCUGUCAGCAGUGUCGUGGCAACCGAGCUGAGGCUGAGAAGACCUACAUACCUGUGCAGACUGCCAAGCUAACUGAGACCAGCUCCAGCUCCUCGGUCGACUUCUCCUUCUUCUCCGCCCUCUCCUCUGCCUCGCUGUCCAGUGUCACCACCACCAAGAGCAGCCAGACCUCGGCCGCUCAGAUCCCAGGUGCUGAGUGUGCAGGUGUGGGGCAGAAGUGUGGUGUGUGCCUGCAGGGAGGAGAGCUGACCGCCUGUCCUCAGUGUCUACAGGCCUUCCACCCUCACUGCUACUUCCCCAGCGGAAAGUCCAAGUGCAGGUCCUGCUGUAAGACAUGGGGCAGUAUCAACGAACGCGAACGUCCGGUGGCUGAGUCAGAGAGCAUGCAGGUUGCCCUGUACGAUGCCCCCCCUGAGCAGAGUGCCCCCGUCUCAGAACAGAUGCUGAACAAGGAAGAGCUGGACUCUCUCAUGGGGGAGAAUUCCAUCGAUGGGAUCCUGCAGUGGGCCUUGCAGAACAUCUCCCGGCCUCUGGCUGAGAACCAGGGCUUCUUUCAGUGAGGCUGCUAGCUUUGGACAUAGCUGGCGCUCAGCUAUAUAAGCGUUUUCCAUUUAUACCAGUAGUCAUGUACUCUUUGCACUUGGGUGAAAGGAUCAAGAUUUGAGACAAUCAACAAAAACAAACUAUAAGACAAGGACUGGACUGCACAAAAAAAUGUCUACAGGACAACAAUACAUUUAUUUGAUGUUGACUUGUUUUUGCUGUAUUUGGGUGUACAUAGUGAGCUUGUUUUAGAAAAGUGUAUAUGACAGCCACAUGUAAGUUUCACUCUACAGGUUAUUUGCAAGUCGUGCUUCUGUGAUGUAAUGGUCUGAAACAGUUAAUAAAAGUGCUUACUUGGCAAGGCAGAACUGUUCUUCUUUAUACUUUCUGUUUACAGCCAGCAGCAGCACAUCCAUAAAUAAGUUUGACUUUUUUUUUUUUUUUACCUUAUAACAAAGUAUUUGAAGUAUUAGGUCAGGACUCUUCAUUGGAACUGGGUCAUAAUUUCAAAAAUGUACGAAGUAACUGGUUUCUCAAAAAACUAUGUCACUGACAACGGAACUGGAUAGCUUCAGGCAAUAUCUGUCCUUAAGCUUAAGCUCAAUCACAACCUACAAGAUAUAACAACUUGUACCACCAGAACAUUACCCUUUAUCAAUCAUAAGCAUUAUCAAUCAUAAUAUAGUUCACAUUAUAACUUGUAAAAAAACGAGGCAAUUUAGAAGCUUAACUUAAACAGCUGAUUUCCUGUACAAUUGCUGAAAGACAGUUUUUUACACAAUCUGUAUCCUUCAUGAGGUCCCUAAAGAUUUAAAUAUUGUGAAUGCGUACGUCACAUUUUUAACUUGAUAUACAAGGUGAAAUUUAUAUUUGAGAAUUAAAACAUUAAACUUUACAGUAGAUCAUCGUCUUCCUCUGUCUUCUCUCCUGGUUUUUAAUUCUUCUUGGAAGUCCCCUCAAAACUCUAGACUCUUGUGUCAUGACGUGCUACAUCUGUUAGAAUAAAAAAAGUGCAGUCAGUUGGUAUGACUAAAACAGGAAGACUGCCACAUGAACUAUUGCGUAAACAAUGGUUAGGUUGGUUCCAUGUAAAAAUGAAUAUCAAGGAAACGUAUUUUGGAAUAGCCAAACACUUGCAUCUUUUGCCACUAUGACUCACUGAAUUGGUGUGUGUGUGAGUGGUAGCACGCACUAGAUAUGCAUAAACAUUUUCUUUGUGGCUCACUUUUGAACAACUUUGUAACAUUUGCUGUGCAAGGUAAACUAUAGUUCCAGCGUGAAUUGGCAUGUGAAUAAUAGUUGCUGCUAGCACAUUGCUUUCAUAAACAUGGGAGCAUCUUCAUUAAAGUAAUGAAGUUUUCCUAACAAUAUACUUUGUUGACUGCUUUUCUGUUCUCUUGUACCGAUUGUAUUGACAGCGUAUGUCGUUUGUUGCACUUGCUCAAUGUGUACAUGACAUAUUGUCUAACAUAGUUUAGCAUAGCAUGGUGUUGCUUCACAAAAAUGUCCCAUUUUAUCUGGAUUGUCUCAAAUUAUGACUUGCCCGAACAAUACAUUUUUGCUACUCUGGUGUUUUAUUUAUUUUUUUAAAUGGUGACUAAAGACAAGUAGUUCGAGUGAAUCACUGCCUACUAAUAAGAAUGACAACGCGCAAA